GAGACUACGAAGCAAAGAUACGACAAUGCACGUACAAAAUAAGCAGACGGUAUGUGCCAUUGCGUGUAAUCAGCCCAGAUUUACCGUAGCUCUAAAUUUAGAACAUUGUUUACACAUUUUUAUCCCGGCAUAACAAAAGAAAAAACAACUAAAUAGAACUCUUGUGAAAAUGUCUCACUAUUCUAAAGUACUUUCGUGUUUCAGUAUUUUCUGUUUUGGAUUAUUGCAAACUUCCACAAGUCUAAACUUAAGGCCAAUCAUUGGUAUUAUCACACAGCCAACCCAUGCCCAUAACUCUGUGUAUGGAGAGGAGUAUAUACAGGCUUCUUACGUCAAGUAUCUGGAGAUGGCAGGUGCAAGGGUGGUUGCAAUCAAGGGAAACCAGUCGCAAGAAUAUUAUGAAGAUUUAUUCAAGAAGAUUAACGGUGUGUUCUUUCCUGGUGGUGAGACCGAUAUAGAUAAAGGAAUCUAUGCAACGUCUGGAAAAUACAUGUAUGAUUUGGCCAUUGAGGCUAAUAAAAAUUCGGAUUUCUUUCCCCUGUGGGGAACAUGCUUAGGAUUUCAACUAAUGACCGCUUUGUCUUCCGAUGGAAAUGAUCACCUGAAACGUACUGACUCUAAUAACUUGACUUUGCCGUUGAUCUUUGAAAAAGAUUUCCAAACAAGCAGACUAUUUAAAGACAUGCCAGCAGAUUUGAUUGAGAUCUUAAAAACUGAGCCAGUAACUCAGAAUGAACAUAACUGGAGCUUACUGUUAAAAGACUUCUAUACCCUUCCAAAUCUGAGCACUUUUUAUCGUCUGCUGACGACUAACGUUGGAAGAGAUAACGUGACAUUCGUGUCUGGGUUUGAAGCUAACCAAUACCCAUUUUAUGGAAUUCAGUGGCAUCCAGAGAAAAGUGUGGUCACGUGGGAUUAUCAAGUUGUUAACCAUUCAUUUAAUGCCAUCAGAGUCUCACAGUAUUUCGCAAAUUUUUUUGUCAACGAAGCGAGGAAAAGCAACCAUCGUUUUAAUUCCAUAGAGGAUGAAGCUGAAGCAAUCAUUGAAAAUGCUAAACGAGUGUUUGUGCCCGACUUUAAAAGUCCAGAAGCAUUUUAUUUCAACUCAGCAAUCAAUAUUUUACCAUGUAGUCAACGUAUUCUUAUAUCUAUAGUUUCCAUCACUUGCUUAGUAUUCAUUAUAAUAAGUUGACCCUUGGUGAUAAAUUCAUUUCAAAACCAGAAAAACAUUUUAAAAA